AUGCCGAUGGCUCGACGUUGCGCUGGCACCGGCAUUCGCUCCGGAUCGCUACCUUGCCUGCACCGGAUUCACGAGGAGCGCCUGCCCUGUGGCAGGAAGCCAGCACAGCUUCACCUAACGGGGAGGUCCGACAGAAAUGCAAUAGGGAGUCAGUCCCUGCCCCAGAACAAAUGCUGGCCGCUGCCUGGCGCGGGAGCAGAGGCCCAUCAGUACCGGCCGGGCCGGGCGCUGCGGGAGCAAGAGGCCAGGCCCCAGCAGCUGCCGCCGGCCUCCGCCGGUAACGGGGCGCUGGACGGCGCCGAGGAGGAUCCUGCCGCCGCUUUCCUGGCGCAGCAGGAGAACGAGAUCGCGGGCAUCGAGAACGACGAGGGCUACAGCAUCCUGGAGAGCGGCGAGGUGCCGGCGGCGCUGCACGUUCCGGAGGGCCUCGACUCGGGUGCUGUUGAUGGAGUGGUUAAUGGAGAUGUCUAUCAGGAGAGUAAUGGUCCAACAGACUCCUAUGCUGCCAUAUCCCAAGUAGAUCGACUGCAGUCAGAACCGGAGAGUAUUCGUAAGUGGAGAGAGGAGCAAAAGGAGCGUCUGGAGCAACUUGACGCGAACUCACGAAAACAGGAAGCAGAAUGGAAAGAGAAAGCAAUAAAGGAGUUGGAAGAGUGGUAUGCAAGGCAAGAUGAAAAGCUCCAGAAAACAAAAGCGAGCAACAGGGUGGCAGAUGAAGCUUUCUACAAACAACCCUUCGCUGACGUGAUUGGCUAUGUGGCAGCUGAAGAAGCCUUUGUGAAUGAUGCAGAAGACAUUUUUCCGGGCACUGAGUGGGAACGUGUGGCUCAGCUCUGUGACUUUAAUCCCAAGUCUAGUAAGCAGGCAAAAGAUGUGUCCCGCAUGCGUUCAGUCCUCAUCUCACUCAAGCAGGCUCCGCUGGUUCGCUGAAGGAAAGCACAAUGGAAACACUACAAAUGCAGUAUCUUAACCUUACUCAGAGAAACUAUGUUUGCAGUAAUUGGAUUAAUUGUUUCAAUGUUUUUUGGACCAAACCUCAUGAUGUAUCUAGAGCUGAUCAUUGUUUGAUUGCAUGUUCUUCCUCAUGUUUCCUUUCUGUGUCUGAAAUGGGAGAACCUCCAAAACUGUAGUCUCUGUGCUAUUGUGCACCGAGAUGUCACUUCCCACAUUACUGAUAUUAAAGAUCUGUUAAACAGCAAAA